AUGGAUCCGAAGGUGAAGCCAGUAUUCCAACCCAUUCGGAGAAUUCCAAUACCGCUUGAAGAACCAGUAAACCGAAAACUGGAGCAACUACUGAACAAGGAUAUCAUUGAAGUAAAGCAAGGACCAGCAUCGUGGGUAUCACCACUGAGCGAUGGGUUCUCCGACUGCAAGCUUUCGACUAUUUCGACUAUUCAUAUUUCGGGAGAGAGAAAUUUGGCGGAUGUACUCUCGCGUUUGAGCACGCUAGCACCAGUUCCAUUUGAUCCAAAUGAGGAACUUUUCAUUAAACACGUUGCUUCGUCAGCUGCAACAUCCGCUGCACUUCGCUGGGAGGAAGUUGUUGAGGCGACAAAAGGAGACCCGGAACUACAAGAAGUACUAAAAGGACUUGACAAUGGAAGCAUUGAUCAAUUGCCACUAGCUUUCCGUGUAAUUGCCCAGGAAUUGUGUCGAUUUGGUGAUAUACUACUACGCACGGAUAGAAUCGUUGUACCUAAUUCGUUGCGUGACAGAGUAAUCAGGAUUGCUCACGAAGGACAUUUGGGAAUGCGUACCAUGAAAUCUCAUCUAAGAGGUGUGGUGUGGUGGCCCAAGAUGGAUACUGCGGUGGAAGCAUAUGUGAAAAAGUGUCGAGGAUAUCUUCUAGUUUCAACUCCUGAUCCUCCACAGCCAAUGGUCAGAAAAGAGAUGCCAAACGGUCCAUGGGAAGACAUUGCCAUAGACUUUCUGGGACCGCUUCCUAACGGAGAAACUUUACUUGGCGUUGUUGAUUACUAUAGCCGGUACAUAGAGGUCUGUGAAAUGCAAGAAACCACAGCAAAGCACACAAUCGAAGAAUUAAGUAAAAUCUUCAGUCGUUUUGGUAUACCUGUAACCAUUCGAUCUGACAACGGACCACAGUUCAGUGGGAGCUGUGAAGAAUUCAGAACCUUCUGCAAUGAGUUUGGAAUUAGAUUAAUCAAUACUAUUCCAUACUGGCCUCAACAAAAUGGGGAGGUUGAAGGGCAGAACCGUUCCCUCUUGAAACGAAUGCGAAUCGCACAGGAACUAGGUCAGAGUUGGAGAUAUGUUCUAUGCCAAUAUAUAUUAUCCUAUCACGCCACACCGCAUUCCACAACAGGCCGAUCACCUUCAGAGUUAAUGUUUGGUCGAAAAAUACGCUCCAAGCUGCCUCGCAUUCAGUUCAGCUCUCAUAUGGAUGAAGCUGUACGUGAUUACGACAAAGUCCAGAAAGAAAAGGGGAGAAUAGCUGCCAAUUUGAAACGUCGGGCACGUUUCAGUGACAUUGAGGUGGGAGAUCGAGUUUUAAUGAGAAAUAUGCGUAAAGAAAAUAAACUGAGUGCCGGGUUUAAGCCUGAGGAGUUUGUUGUUAUCCGGAGAGCAGGUGCAGAUACCUCAAUACGUUCAACAAUAGAUGCGAAGGAAUAUCGUCGAAAUGCAGCUGAUCUUAAACGAAUUGAACCUGCGAUCGAUCAUCAAUCAAUUCAGAAUGAAUCUAGUGAUGAACAUAUGAAUAGAAACUCUACGCAAACGGAGGAAGUAAAUUAUGAACAAGUUACAGAAGAUGCGGCGUCGUUGAAUGAAAUGCCAUCACGCUCAAAGCGUGUUCGAACAGAACCAAGAAAACUAUUGGAUUAUAUCCCAUACUGA